AUGCUGAAAAGUACGACAAAGAUUGACAGAGCAAAGCGAGAACAAAGCAGGAUAUUACUGGAAAAAAAAUUAUCCAAAGACUCCGUCACCUCCACGAAGUUCUGUGAUUCGUCCGAGGACAGAGAAGGAGGGUCGAACACGAGCAGUAAUGUCAGCUUGCAUCUGUCUGAAAAGCCAAACAUUACAAGAACGUUAGAUGCGAACAAUACAAGUUCGUUUGUAUCAGACCAGAAGACGAAGUCCAAGGGGGGUUCUAUCAAGUCAAGUAGAAAGCAUUCGCAACACAAGUUGAGCAAAGUGAACACCCUGGAGAAAGGAAACGACGCAAAAGUACAUGGGAACACCUCAGUAGGGAAGUCCAAAAGGAGCAGCAUACAGUUAGAUGAAAGCAACAUUUCGAGCAAGACCAACAGUGUGAUAGUUGAGGAUUCUAUCGACAACCAGGAGCACAAUAUUGAAAAAAAAACCGAAAGAAGCAGCACGGAGUUUUUAAACAUCGAAGAAAAUACCCCACAUAUUUUAAGUAGGGUUGAGAAAAUAGGAGGUGUAGAUUUUCCUAGAAGGGUGCCUCGCACAAUUUCGUUUAAGGAUAAUUUGGUAAGCGCGGAGGGUAAUUUGUAUAGCACCGUUAAGGAAGAUUUCUCGUAUCUUUACCCACCCAGUAAGGCGCCCCCGGGUAUAACUCAUCUCGGUUAUUACAACGCACCUGAAGUUUUAAGUUCUCCUCAGAAAAGCGGCGGUUUGGCCUACUCAGCGGGGUAUAGCGUCAGUCCGUAUGGUGAAAGCCUUAUGGGCGCAGGCACGAACGGCGACUUGAAGCAUUUUUCGACGGAUAUAUUAAGCGCGCCAGGUGGCAGCCACGUGGGGGCGUACGUGAGCGGCAAUAUAGGCACAUUCGGAGGUGACACUUGGGGUAACUACCGAAGUGACAAUUGGGGUACCUACCGAAGUGACUACCUCGGGGCCGUCUACCCCAGCGCUAACUGUGCGUUGAAUGCAAAUAGCCUAAACUCGUAUGAACAAAAAAGCGUAACCUUCAGCGAAGGUGUGAAGUCUACGUACCCCCCGCCCUUUGUAUAUCCGAACAUCAUUGAAGAGCCCCUGGCGAAGGGCGCGGAGGUUUACAAAACAACGGCAAAUGAGAGGUUUCCCCCUUCCAAGGUAGCAAAUGAAAUGGACUUUACAAACAUGUACACUAGUCACACUUCGAUAGGCAGUAACGACAGCAGCAGAAUAGCCACUUUGGCGAAUUACGAGAGUGAGGGGAAUGCCUAUUUGCCUGACAAGAGCUCCUACUAUGUAAAUAAUGCUGGCGAGAGUGCGUCCCUCGGGGGAGGGGUCCAUUUUGGACCUCUGCUGGGUAGGGGGAAUGUGUACGACACGUUUGGGGGUGAGUCCGCCAAUGGGAAUGGCGCGGCGGCGGGGGAGGGCUCAUCAGCAUUGGCAUCACCAUUGGCAGCGUCAUCAUCACCAUUGGUAGCCGCGCCCGCAUCUGUUUCUAUCCCUGCUGGGGUAAGCGGCGGCGACGUUCUGAAGUUCAAAACGGCGGAAUUUCCCAACUACGGGGACUUGAAUUUUAAGGGCAUCCCCGGCGAGGAGAGUUCCCCGGAGAGCCCGAACACUGUGGUGAAAGCGAACGAAGUGAUCGAAAGUGAGAAGGUGAAAAAUGAAGUGUCCAUGUGCGAGCAGAUCACUUCGCACACGGACUACUCGAGAGCAACACACACCUCCCACGUGGUUGACAAGCGAAUUGUGCAUGAAGGAUUUGAUACGAUUAAGAUUCCGAAGUAUAGAGAAGUGGAGGUAGUAGAAAAAAUAGUGGAAGUUCCAGUGGUGCAUAAGGUGAACAAGUACAUAAAUAAAUAUGAAGUUAAGGAAGUUCAGAAGGUUGUUAAGAAGCCUAUUAAUAAGUACGUGGAGACGAAAAUAGAGGUGCCGGAAUUUCAUUUUCAGGACCGAAUUGUGGAGGUGCCUGAGCUGCAAGAAGUGGUGAAGAUUGUGGAGAAGCCAGAAAUCAAGGAGCGUAUCAUUUAUAAAAAUAAAAUUGAAACGAAAAUUAUUCCCAAGUAUAUUGAAGUCCCUGUGGUCAAAAUUGUCAACAGGUAUGAAAGCUAUGAUGAUAUAGGGGAGGUGAUCAAAACUGUGCCGGUGAAAAAAAUUGUGGAAAUUCCAAAUGAAGUGAUUCGAAAGGUGAAGGUACCUGUGAGGAAAAUUAUUGAAGAGCCUAAUUAUGUUCCCAUUAUAAAGUACCGAGAUGUGCCCAUUGAGAAGAUACGCUACGUGCCUAAGAUUCAGACCGUCGAGUUGGUUAAGACGAUUCCCAAGGUGAUUGACAUCCCUGUGCCGGUGAGGGUUCCCAAGAUAAAAGUCAUUGACAAGCCGUUCUACAUUAACAAAUACGUGGACCACCCGGUUGUUGUGCCUGUGUCCAAAACGGUGAAGCCUGUCUACAAGUAUGGGGGGAAGAAGGUCAUUGAGAUUCCCAUCCAUAAGCCCUACAUCGUUACGCACGAUAGCCUGGUGCCUAAGGACGUGCAGAAUGGCAUGAGCAACGGCAGGUGCUCCGUGUACGCCCGGAAGCUGGACCUGAAUGCGUUCGACCCGGCCAGGCGCAGUGAGCUCUUCAGGAUGGUGAACGGGGGGGCCCACUUCAACCUUGAGCGCUCCGCGAGCGCGGGCAACCUUGCGGGGGGGGGUAGCGGCAUUGGCGGGAUUGGAAGCGGCGCUGGCGGGAUUGGCGAGAUUGGUGGCCUUCCGGGCGGGUUGCACUUCUCGAAGAGCCUGAACAGUGGCGCGUAUGCUAGCGCGAAUGCGCCCAACACGCACGCACCCUACGGCGUCGACUUCUACUCAAACGGGGCGAGUCCAGUGAACCACGUGAGCGCUCCGUUUGGCGGCGCGGGGGGGCUGCCCUGUGCGUCUAACCAGCAGGGGCUGCCCAGUGCAUCUAUCCAGCAGGGGCUGCACCCAAAUUUCACAGCGCCCAUUUCGACGUACAACGCGAAUUGCAACACGGGGGGAAGGGAUGGAAGGACCAGUUUACCCCUUUUGCGAAAUGGUCCCUUCCGUGCCGAGCAAGGCAGUAACGACCUGCCAGAGGGCCUUGCACACAGCUCGGAUUUCCAGCGCCGCUUUGCCAGCAGCAACCCGGUGUUCGAGAGGGGGUUCUCGAACGGGCAGGCAGGUGAGGAGGAAGGCGAUGGGGCAGGUGGAGGAGCAGGUGAAGGGGCACGUGAAGGGGCAAAUAAUCUGGCCAGCAAUUUUGGGGGAGGGGAAUGCCUGAGGAGGUACCAAUCCAGUGCCGGCGCAAAUGUGCCUCAGUGUGUGGGCGGGGGGAAGGCGAGAGUGAUGCCGGGCCGGGGAAACCACAAGGGCAUGCGUCAUAUGGGCAGCGGUUUUCGGAACGGUAUGAGCCACGCCAAUACGAUGGGUCACUCCAACAGGAGGGUGGGUCACUCCAACAGGAUGGAUCACUCCAACAGGAUGGAUCACUCCAACAGGAUGAGCUACGCCAACACGAUGAGUCACUCCAACACGAUGAGCCACGCCAACACGAUGAGCCACGCCAACACGAUGAGCAGCAUGAACAACGUCGCGUGCGCACUCCGAUCGAGGAGCCCCAGCGCGUGCUCAGCCGACGGGAUCAGCGCGUACGUGGUCGAGUACGUGGGCGACGAGGACAAGCGGUUCAGGGACGGUGGCUUCUCCAAUGGCUUCAGUAACCAGUUGGCAGACGAGAUGGGAAGCAAUUACUCAUUCAGCGGGACAGUCAUUAACUCGAAGAAUGAGUGA